GAGUUCGCCAGUUAAGACAUGGGCAAAUGCAAAUUUUCGGACCUCUGGCUGGAGGAAUCGUUGUUUAAAGAAUGGCUUAGGCCAGUAGUUGGCAACAGCCAAGAGGCUUAUUGCAACGUCUGCAAGAAGACGAUAAGCAUUACCUGGAUGGGGGUGAAGGCGGUGAAAUCGCACAUGCUAUCAAGUAGCCACCAAGCUAGGAUGCGUGGACGUAAUGCUCAGCUACCGCUGUCACUGUUUUACACUGGCACAACGGCUACAUCGACGCCCUCAACCUCAACUGCUCCUUCAACCUCCACUGCUCCCUCAACCUCGCUUGCUCUCCCCCUGCAAUACCCUGCCAGUAGUCCUACCACCAGCAACAGGUGCACGACAGACGGUCAGAAGCAGACGCUAGGCACUACCACCUCUACCUUGCAGGCUGAGGUACUGUGGUGUUUAGAUGUAGCAAUGAAACACCACUCGUUCAACUCGAACGAAGGCAUAGGAGAGCUGUUCAGAAAUAUGUUCCCGGACUCCGAAAUCGCCAAAUCCUUCGCUUUGGGCAAGGAUAAAACCGGGUACAUAAUAAAAUUUGGCAUCGCACCCUAUUUUAAGAGGCAACUGGUUGAGGCCAUAAAUAAUGCCGGACCGUACGUCCUUAUGUUCGAUGAGAGCCUCAAUCAAUCGUCAAAGAAAAAACAAAUGGACAUACACAUUCGUUUUUUGGAGGAUGGUUGUGUACGCUCGAGGUAUUUUGGCUCACAAUUCCUGGGACAUGGGAGAGCUGACGAUCUGUUGCAGCACAUCAAAGAAUGUGUUGCAAAACUCAACAUGAGGCAGCUUCUCUCAGUAGGAAUGGAUGGCCCAAAUGUAAAUUUCAAACUCCUGGAUCUCCUUCAAAAGGAACAUGCUGAGCUGCAUGGAGGUGCUCAAGUCCUGAUGGUUGGGAGCUGUGGACUCCAUACCCUCCACAAUGCCAUGAAGGCAGGCUUUACAGGCUGGCAAAUUGACAAACUCCUGCGCGCUCUCCAUUACCUCUUCCACAACGUUCCUGCCCGGAGAGAGGACUACACCAACAUCACCGGGUCGUCCUGCUUUCCCCUCUCUUUCUGCGGCCACAGAUGGGUGGAAAAUGUGCCGGUUGCAGAGAGAGUCCUGGAAGUUUGGACCAUGAUUCAGAAGUUUGUCAAUGCUGUUGAGGAUAAGAAGGUCACAAAACCAAACACGGCCUCUUAUGAUGCCAUCCUGGCAGCACAAGGGGAUCCACUCUUAAUCCCAAAGCUUCAAUUCUUCCUCGCCAUUGCGAGAAGUUUUAACCCAUUUCUCAAGAAGUACCAAACAGACGAGCCAGUGUUGCCUUUUUUGGCAGAAGAUUUAACUGAGCUCCUGUUGAGUUUACUGCGGCGGUUCAUCAAAAGGGAACUCCUACAGGACCAAACCCCCCUGCAGCUGAUUAAAUUGGACAUCUCUGAGGAGAAGAACUGGGUCUCCCUCAAAAGGGUAGAUAUAGGCUUGGGGGCUGAAUCUGCCAUCAAGGCACUCCUGGGCAAACCAGGAUCAAAGAUAGGUGAACUCUCUGUACUCCACCUCAGAAAAGAGUGUUUGCAGGGUCUGAUUAAGAUCGUAAAGAAACUGCAGGAGAAAUCGCCAUUGAAAUUCCCCAUAGUUAGGCAGAUCACCUGUUUGGAUCCCACAAGGAUGGCCAGGGAUCCAGAGUGGUGCAUCCUACAGAUGAAGUCAUUAGUGCAGGCUUUCAUCCAGGGGCAGCAGCUGGCAGGUGGCAUUGCAGCUGGUAAGAACAUAUUUUAUAGGGACAGUAGAAGUGGAUAAGUUAUUCAAAUUGAUUAAGGUCUUGUGCGUGGAAUCUCUUUUGUGGUUUUCUGCUUUUUUACUGUGACAGGUGUGAAAGUGUCUUGCUUUUACAAAAUUAAACUUUAUGCUCUCAUAGCUCUCUAUAUCAGGGGUUCUCAACCUUUUGCAAGUUGAGCCCCCCUUUCAAAGGUUAGAAUAUUGUCCCCCCCCCACCAACCUUGAUGUCAAUGCAUGAUUUCAAGCACUCAAAUUAUUCUACUUUUCUUUUCUUUUUUGAUAGCCACAUCCAGUGUUCUUGUGAGUUAUGUGAUUUUACUCUAUCUGUUUGAUGUAGAAGGUGUUUUGGCACCUUGCAAGCAGAUUCAGCUAAACAAGUCACCGACGCGCAAUUGUAUCAAUUUGUAAUUUAGACAAGACCUCCGUGCCCCCAGGUUGAGAACCACUGCUACAGAUACUAUUAUGUGUAUCUACGAUGUACUGUAUGUACUUUUGUCGAAUGGAUGGUGAAGCAGUUGACUGGAAUGUGUUAAUGAAAUUAAUAUAUCUUAAUUUUCGUAUCAAUGUUGCAGGUGAUGUCAUCAUUCAGCAAUUCACAUCCUUUCUCUUGGUCGUGGGCAGAGAAGAAGAAUUUGUUUCCUUCCAACCCCUGAGGCAGCGUCUGGAUGUCUUUCUCCACUCCAAACUCUGCAUGUCCCACCCUGACCUGCUAAAGUUCUGCC